AUGUUGGCCAUAGUGGUGUUUGCCGUCGUAGCCGCCGUGCAGGUGGAGUGCGCGCCCAGCCAGCUGUGGCCAGCUGCCCAGAAGCCGUCUUCUUUCGCGCCGACCAAGAAGCCCAUCUUCGGGGCCAAGGAGGCGCCGGCGAAGGUGGACAGCGCCCUCGCCAACCAGCAAGCCUACGAGCAGUUCAUCAACACGUGGCUUCAGCAGGCGAGUCUCACCCUCAAUCGGCCAGAUCUCCUGAAGUUCCUGAAGCCGAUCGCACCGGCCGCCGCCGCCCCGACGCCGGCUCCUGCGGCCGCGCCUGCCAUCGGGCAAAGCGUCGUGCCCAGCCUCGCUGAGCCAGAGGUCGUUGUUGCGCUGGAGGAGGUCAUCCCCUUGGUGGCUGCUGGAGAGGCGCCCGCUGAGCCAUCUCCGUCCCCUGCCUUUGCUGAGGCACAGGACGCCGCUGCUCCUGCCGAGGAACUGCUCUUCUUCCAAGAUGCGUUGGUGGCUGGCGUAGCCGAGGUAGGCCCCGUCGAGUUGAGCCCAGUGCCCGUCCUGCCCGAGGUUCUCUCUGAGACUCCCGAGCCUGAAGUCGUCUCUGUGGCCGCUGAAGCCGAGGUCGUCCCUGUGACCGAGUUCAUCCCCAUGGCCGCUGAAGCCGAGAUCAUCCCUGUGGCCGCUGAAGCCGAGAUCGUCCCCGUAGCAGCUGAAGCCGAGGUCGUCCCCGUGGCCGCUGAAGCCGAGGUCGUCCCCGUGGCCGCUGAAGCCGAGGUCGUCCCCGUGGCCGCUGAAGCCGAGGUCGUCCCCGUGGCCGCUGAAGCCGAGAUCGUCCCCGUGGCCAUCGAGGCUGAGGUAGUUCUCGAGCCCCUGGUGGCAACCGAGGCCCUCCCAUCGCUGGCAGAGCUGGACGACAGCACCGUCCUCCUCGCCACCGAGGCCCCCCUGCCCCUUUUCCCCCUCGUCCCCGAGCCCGUCGCCGAGGAACCCCGGCAGGAGUCCGCCCCAACAGCCAGGAGUUUCAGCUCCGUGAACCGCGCGCUGGAAGUGUCCCCAGCGGAAGAGCCGACGCCAGAGGCCCAGCCAGCUUCGGCAGUACACCAGGCUGCCCCUGUCACACACCCUGCCUUCCCCGGCGCCGUCUUCUUCCCCAGCGUGGUCAAGCCCGUCCGUCUGGCCCCCAUGCCGGCGUCCAGCGGGGCCGUGACCACCCAGGGCCUCACCUACACCCUGCAGUUCUUCCCGACGCAGGACCGCUCGCAAUUUUUCGUCUCCACCAAGCUCGGUAGCUGAAAGGGCUCACUGAGAUACCCUUUAGAUGUAAAUGUAGAUUCUAGUCUUCCCUUUCCGUUAAUCUUAUGACUACAUAUAUUUUGGCUCUCUCUUUCUCGUUACUUUAUUGAAAUUACUACAUUUUUCUCUCUGUAUUUUUCUGUAAAUAUCAUUUCGUAUGUAUAUACCAAAUCUUUCUUUAAAAUUUCAGGUCACUGCUCAAGAUAUUUUGUCUUCUUUUUAUGUUCAAUCAAAUCA